AUUGUCACGUGACUAUAGGUGAGCGAUCGAUCGAAGUUAGCAUAGAAUCGAUUUUAGACUCUUUAAUUUCACAUUUAAACGCUGGACUAAAAGUUCAAUAGAGUGUUCAGGGGGUCAUUAUAUUACGAUCGGAAAACAUUGGUAACCUUUUACGAAUUUCUGUUCAAUCUUUGCAAGCAUAUUUUGAAUAGUAGUACCUGGAAUUCAUAUCGGUCAAUGUAAGUAUCGAUUUGAGGAUCGAAGUCGAUUAUCGCUCACUCAUAUUGUGAACUUCACUCGGUGGCGCAGACGCAGUUGAUUAUUUGGCUGUUUCAAAAAAGACAAUAAUGGCUCUAGAAGAAGGACACAUACCACGUUUAUGCCAUUUGAAAAAGUGGAGUGAUUUCCAAGGUUAUGGCUUUAAUUUGCACGCUGAGAAAUCCAGACAGGGGCAAUUUGUUGGUAAAGUAGACGAUAAUUCCCCUGCCCAAAGAGUUGGUCUUAGAGAACACGAUAGAAUUGUUGAAGUUAAUGGUGUUAAUAUAUCAAAUGAAAAUCACCAACAAGUUGUAAAUAGAAUUAAGGAGACUCCUAAUGAGACUCGUUUAUUGGUAGUUGACAAAGUAGCUGAAGAAUACUACAAGCAAAAGGAUAUUGUCAUCCAUAGUAAUCACGAUGAUGUAGAAGUUCAUAUAUGUCCUGAUACCUCUCAAGAAGAGGUAAAAGUUUAUAAAGUCGGAGAAGCAGCAUCACAGGUCACAGCUGAGGUGGAGCUGAAUCAUGAGCCGGAAAGGGAUGAUAAAGUUGAAGUGAACAAUCAUCCAGAUGUUAUCGAGUCAUCUACCCCUGCCGAAGUGCAAGCAGUAAGUGACAUCCCACCAGCUGAAGAACCAAAAGUUGAUGAGCAGCAGUUAGAUGUACAAAAACAAGAAGAAGAGCCUGCUAAAGAGGAACCAACGAGCGAGUCAAAUAACAAUGAAGAUGAAAGAGCGGAGAAAGUGGCAGCAGUCGUGGCUGCAGCUAUUAUUGUGGAAACUGAGAAAGGGGAAUAUGAAGUAAAUGGCAUCAACGAUAAGAAGGAUGAGACCAAACUAGAGGAGCAAGAAGUUAUUGAUGACCUAGAGAAUUUAGCAAUUGAGCAACAGAAAUCAUCGCGAUCGUCGACUGUUUCUUCGACAGCUUCUUUAGAUGUAAACGGCCAAAAGGAAUACGAUCUAUCGACGGCUGUUAAUCCACCAGAAGAAGAUACUGCAGUUUGUGUUACUGCCAUUAAGUCUGAGAAUCCGGCAUCGUAUACAGAUAAUAUUCAAGAGGUUCAAAGAGCGACUGAUGAAACAAUGGCCAACUCAAGACAUUCUGUAGUUGUCGGCGGUGUAGAAUUUGCUGGCUCAGUUAGAGAGGCACGCGAAAAGAUGAAAAAGAAAACAGACGUUCGAGGGGGACAACAAAAUAUGAGAGAAAAAUAUGAUCUAUUAAAUCGUCUUUAA